AUGAGGAAAAUGCUCGCCGCGGUGAUGUCCCGUGUGCUGUCGAGAGUGGCUGCCCAGAAGCCUGCCAACAGGGUGCUGGUGGGCUCCUGUCACUAUUCCAAACAGGCUACGUUUGAAAUUAAGAAAUGCGAUCUCUAUCAAAUGGACGAGGGCCCUCCUGCCUCCACCGAGCUCACCAGGGAGGAUGGGCUCAAGUACUACCGGCUGAUGCAGACUGUCCGCCGCCUGGAAUUAAAGGCCGAUCAACUGUAUAAGCAGAAAUUUAUCCGUGGGUUCUGUCACUUGUGCGAUGGCCAGGAAGCCUGUUGUGUCGGCAUCGAGGCAGGCAUAAACCCCACGGAUCACGUCAUCACAUCCUAUCGGGCUCAUGGCUUAUGCCUUACGCGGGGCAUUUCUGCCCGGGCAAUUCUCGCCGAGCUUACGGGCAGAAGAGGAGGUUGUGCCAAAGGAAAAGGCGGAUCGAUGCAUAUGUACGCCAACCACUUCUAUGGGGGCAAUGGCAUUGUGGGAGCUCAGGGUCAGCUAUUUGAAGUUUACAAUAUGGCCGCUCUGUGGAAACUGCCCUGCGUUUUCAUCUGUGAGAAUAAUCGCUAUGGAAUGGGCACAUCGAUGGAAAGAGCAGCAGCCAGCACAGAUUAUUACAAGAGAGGCCAUUUUAUUCCUGGGAUAAGGGUAGAUGGAAUGGACAUUCUGUGUGUCCGGGAGGCAACCAAAUUCGCUGCCAACCAUUGUAGAUCUGGAAAGGGGCCCAUACUGAUGGAGCUGCAGACCUACCGUUAUCACGGACACAGUAUGAGUGAUCCUGGAGUCAGCUAUCGUUCCAGAGAUGAAAUUCAGAAUGUAAGAAGUAAGAGUGACCCCAUUAUGCUUCUCAGAGAUAGAAUGGUAAAUAACAAGCUUGCCAGUGUGGAAGAAUUCAAGGAAAUUGACGUUGAAGUGAGGAAAGAAAUUGAAGACGCCGCCCAGUUUGCCACAACUGAUCCUGAACCACCUUUGGAAGAAUUAGGCCAUCACAUCUACUGUAAUAGUCCACCUUUUGAAAUCCGUGGUGCAAAUCAAUGGAUCAAGUUUAAGUCCAUCAGUUAA